AUGAGUCCAAAGAGGCUGGCAGAGAAACUGAUAGAGAAUUUUCAAUGCUCUAUUUCUCCACCUUCAAUCAAGAGACCUGCGAAGAUUAAACCCCUAGACCUCAACUACUUGCCUGAUGAUUACGCUAGAGAUGGUAAAGUACAGGUCUUUCAGGAAGGCUCCUCCUCCGGCUACAGGUCAAAGAAAAGCGGCGCUAAGGAUGAGAAAGAUGAGUGCGGCAAGGUCUAUGAAUGUAGGUUUUGCUCGCUCAAGUUUUGCAAAUCUCAAGCUCUUGGGGGACACAUGAACCGACAUCGCCAAGAAAGGGAGACAGAAACACUAAACCGAGCCCGGCAACUGGUCUUCAGUAACGAUAACUUAUCGGCAACCCCUGGUCAUCUAGGGUAUGUUCCUUCAAGCUACCAUCCCAGUGAUCCAACGAUACCGUUUAGAUCAGUUUGCCCGCCGAGAUUGUUUUCUGGUUCUUCAUCGACACUGAUGCUGCCGCCAAAACCGUAUUUACAACCGACUCCUUCGCACCUCGGCUCCUCCCACACUUCCCAAUACCCAACUCAGGGAAUCAACGACUACUAUGUAGGUCAUGUCCUCGGAAUAAACAGCAGCUUGUCACGUUCACAAUACCAUCAGCAAAACCUAAACAACUAUCUAUCUGGACCGGACUCCAACUAUACUUGCAUCGGUGCCCCGGUUGGGAACGGUUUCGGUCAUUGUCCAACAUGGGGAUCGGAUUUGGUCGGAUCAGGUCAUGUAGGUGGUGCUGGUUCGCAGCAACAUCUGGACCAUCCUUCUGCGAUUCGAUUUGAAGACGGGUUCAUGGAUUUGUGA